CACUCCUGUCCUGUCCAGUCACGUUGUUCCCUGGCUGUAUAAAAGCUCCUGGCUCUGACAGACCUGACAUGAUUGAGCCAUGGCCUUCCUGUGGAUCCUCUCCUGCCUCGCCUUUGCCGGCGCCGCCUACGGCUGCGGCACCCCCGCCAUCCCUCCCGUCAUCACUGGUUACUCUCGUAUUGUGAAUGGUGAGGAGGCCGUGCCUCACUCCUGGCCCUGGCAGGUGUCCCUGCAGGAUUACACCAGCUUCCACUUCUGUGGCGGCUCUCUGAUCAGUGAGAACUGGGUGGUGACAGCUGCUCACUGUAACGUCAGGACAUCCCACCGUGUGAUCCUCGGAGAACACGACCGCUCUUCCAACGCUGAGGACAUCCAGGUCAUGAGGGUCGGCAAGGUGUUCAAGCACCCCCGCUACAACGGCUACACCAUCAACAACGACAUCCUGCUGAUCAAGCUGGCCAGCCCCGCCCAGAUGAACAUGCGUGUUUCCCCCGUGUGCGUGGCCGAGACCGGAGACAACUUCCCCGGAGGCAUGAAGUGUGUGACCACCGGCUGGGGCCUGACCCGCCACAACGCCCCUGACACCCCCGCCCUGCUGCAGCAGGCUGCCCUCCCCCUGCUGACCAAUGACGAGUGCCGUCGUUUCUGGGGCAACAAGAUCUCCAACCUGAUGAUCUGUGCUGGAGCCUCUGGAGCUUCCUCCUGCAUGGGUGACUCUGGUGGUCCUCUGGUCUGUCAGAAGGGUGGUGCCUGGACUCUGGUUGGUAUUGUGUCCUGGGGCAGUGGAACCUGCACUCCCACAAUGCCCGGCGUCUACGCCCGCGUCACUGAGCUCCGCGCCUGGAUGGACCAGACCAUCGCUGCCAACUAAGCAUGUCAGCCCAGACAGUCUCAACCUGAUCAUCAAUAAAUCACAGAAACUCUGAA